AUGGUUCUAAAAGCGAUGUUUUAUUGCAUCGUCAUUCUUUUCAGUAUGACAAUAGUUCAUGUAAGCGGCCAAUUAUGCCAAGAUACUACUCAGUAUGGUCGGUGUUCGAUGAAUAAUGCAUGUGGCUGUCUUCAUAUGGCAGGUGCCAAUAGUGUCGGCAUUUGUGGUUUUCUCUACGGUUUUUGUUCUAAGCUAACUCCAUGUGAAUCGACAGAUAAUUUAUGUGAUGAACCUCAUCAUACUUGUGUUCAUCAUCCUCGAUGCUCUUCGCAUCCUGUUUGUUAUCCACUGUCAAUGAUUGAUCAACAACUGUGUCCACCAAUUAUAGCAUUCUUAUAUCAUGUUUCGUAUGUGAUAUCUAUCUUUUUUUUAACCAAUACUACAUCAACAACAACAACAGCACCGUCGACCACUACAACUGUGACGCCAGGAUGGACAAUGACAACAAAUAUGAGUGUUGCACGAUACGGUCAUACAGCAUCCAUAUUAUCAAAUGGUAAAAUAUUAGUUGCUGGUGGAUAUGGUAAUAAUGAUGUUGUUCUCAACAGCGCUGAAUCAUAUGAUCCAUUGACAAAUACUUGGACAAUGACAACAAAUAUGAGUGUUCCACGAAAAUAUCAUACAGCAUCCAUAUUAUCAAAUGGUAAAAUAUUAGUUGCUGGUGGAUUUGGUAAUAAUCGUGUUUCUCUCAACAGCGCUGAAUCAUAUGAUCCAUUGACAAAUACUUGGACAAUGACAACAAAUAUGAGUGUUCCACGAUACAGUCAUACAGCAUCCAUAUUAUCAAAUGGUAAAAUAUUAGUUGCUGGUGGAUAUGGUGAAUCUGGUUAUAGUUGGAAUAGUGCUGAAUUGUACUGA